AUGGGUGAAGUAUAUGAAAGAAUGGACAGUAUGUUUGUAGAGAUAACAGAUGUCAUGACCAACGAAGAUUAUCCUCACAAGGAAGAUUUUCCUAAGGUUAAUGAGAUAAUUAUUAACCAGUGGAGUAAAAUGAACAUCCCACUCCAUUGCCUAACUUUUGCACUACGCCCAAAGAUCUAUGAUACUGAGUAUCUGAAAACACCUGCUCCUGGAGGCAUUCCCAGAAAAGCUCCAAAUCAAGACAAGGAGGUCAUGAGAGGGGUGGUACAAGCUUUUCGUAAAAUAGCAGAUGGUGAUGCUGAACCAAAGAUACUGCAAGAAGAAUUUAUUGCAUUUCACAUGAAGAAAGGAAUUCGAGGUUUUCAGAGAGCUACAAAGCAGGCCCUAACAGCAAAUGGGACGCAGAUCCAAAUGAUGCAUCCUUGGAGGAAUCAAGAAUCAAGAUUGAAGCUCAAGCAAUUGUGCUGGAAAGAUUUGGAGAAGGAUGUGGUCAUUGAUCCUCUAAUUAACGAGACCGGCUCAUCAUCGAAGAAGAUCACCAAAAACAAGAAUAAUUGA